AUGGCUCAAGCACUCCAGUCCCUGUACAAAUACGCCAUCCCUCUCGCUGUCGGAGCUUCAUUCGCCCAGGCCUCCAUCUACGAUGUUAAGGGUGGCACUCGAGCGGUCAUCUUCGAUCGAUUGUCUGGUGUGCAGGAGAAGGUUGUGAACGAGGGAACACAUUUCUUGAUUCCGUGGUUACAGAAGAGCAUUAUCUACGAUGUACGGACCAAGCCAAGAAACAUUUCCACGACUACCGGAAGUAAGGACUUGCAGAUGGUGAGCUUGACUCUCAGAGUCUUGCACAGGCCAGAGGUUCAGAACCUGCCCAAGAUCUACCAGAAUCUCGGCCAAGACUACGAUGAGAGAGUCCUUCCCUCCAUUGGAAACGAAGUCCUUAAAUCGAUUGUCGCCCAAUUCGACGCCGCAGAACUCAUCACCCAGCGUGAAGCUGUCAGCAACAGAAUACGUACCGACCUCCUGAAGCGCGCUCAAGAAUUCAACAUCGCUCUCGAGGACGUUUCCAUUACACACAUGACCUUCGGCAAGGAGUUUACACGAGCUGUUGAGCAGAAGCAGAUUGCGCAACAAGAUGCUGAGAGAGCAAGAUUCAUUGUCGAGAAGGCAGAGCAGGAGAGACAGGCCAACGUUAUUCGUGCAGAGGGUGAAGCCGAGUCCGCCGAUACCAUUAGCAAGGCAGUUGCUAAGGCAGGUGAUGGUUUGAUCAUGAUCAGAAGAAUUGAGGCUAGUAGGGAGAUUGCUCAGACUUUGGCUGGUAACCCGAAUGUUACGUAUCUGCCAGGUGGAGGAGAGGGAGGCAAGGAAGGUGGUGGAAAGUUCUUGUUGGGUCUGAGAUAA